ACAUGUAAACAAACCGUGAAAAUGACAGACAGAUCAGUGAGAGCCGAUGAGCCCUAAAACUCCUCGAUGGAGCCGGACUCUCACCCGGACUGGAUGUCCCGUCUGCCCGGGCCGCUGCUCCAGGCCCCGCUGUGGGACCUGGCCAUCCCGGGUAGCCAUGACAGCAUGUCCUUCUGCCUGGACAUGAGCUCUCCGGUGCUGAAGUCUGAGCCCACUUUGCUCCGCCUCCUGGACUGUCUCUUCCCUUGCUGCACACGGCCCUGCAUCCAGCGCUGGUCUACCACACAGCGGUCCGUCCUCUGCGUCCAAUGUGAAAUGGGAAUUCGCUUCUUGGACCUGAGGAUCGCCAAGAAACCAGCAGGGGGCGCUACGUUGUUUUUUGCCCAUGGAGUUUACACACUGAUAUCUGUGAAGGAGGCGCUAGAGGAGCUGUGCAUCUGGCUGGAGGCUCACCCCAGAGAAGUAGUCAUCCUCAGCUGCUCUCACUUUGAGCGCAUGACAGAUGACGACCACCGGGAUCUGGUGCACUUCAUCCUUACACUGUUCGGAUCCAAACUCUGCCCCCCACAGGAGCAUCCCUCUCUGAGCUCGUGCUGGCUCCAGGGGCAGCAGCUCAUUGUGUCUUAUGAGGAGGACCAGAUAGUGAAGGAGCAUCCCCAGCUGUGGACCUCAAUCCCAUACUGGUACGCCAACAGUCCAAACACCAAGGAGGUCAUCCGAUAUCUGGACAAUCAGCUGAGCGGUGGGAGACCAGAGAAGUUCUUUGUGAGUGGACUAAACCUGACUGAGGACUUGGCCUACGUCUUCCUCCACCCUUCGCUUAACCUACAGAAACUCACCCUGAGAGGACUGCCCCUGCUGCUGCGCUGGACCAAUCAGCAGCGGCCAGGAGCUCAAAGGGACGGAGUUAACAUCUUGUGCUCUGACUUCAUUGGCUUCAGUCAAUUCUGCUCCAUUGUAAUUGGACUAAAUUAUAAACUGCUGGAUUCCACUUUAAAUUGUCCUGGGAAGCUGGACCGAUCUACCACGGACUAAUUUGGAAUUCAGGUUGAUAUUAGUGAAAAUGUAUUUUUGUAUUGUAAAUAUGUAUAAAUAUUUUUCAUGUAUGUACAGAAACCUUUGAAAUUCAAAAAUAUUAUGUUUUUUUUUUAUAAUGAAUUUUAAGCCUUGCAUUUAUAUAUAUUUUGCUAUUGUUUUUCCUGUUCUAAACUUAAGAACAUCACACU